AUGCGACGGCUGGCGACGCUCCACCUUCUCUCUGCGAAGAAACUGCAGGAGAGCCUUCCCGUGCGAGAGGGGGAGAUUCGCGACAUGCUCGACGCGAUCUCUGCUGACGUAGCUGCUGCAGAUCUGACUAAAACGGAUGCUACUAGUUCUGUUAGUAGCUGUGCUGCUGCCGGUGCCACGAAAUCUGCCACCGCUGCAGAGGAGGGGAUCGAGGUGCGAAGGUAUCUGAACCGCGCUACGCUGAACAACAUUCUCCGCCUUGCUGUCGGGAAGCGCUUCGGCUAUUCGUCGAUUCGCGGCGCGGCCGGCACCACGCCAAAGGCGAUUCUCGACGCCGCGAUGCGCAUCGACUGGAACGAACGCAUCGCCGCAAUGAGCGGUGAGAAACGUGGGGGCGGGGUCCGCGGCACCGCCGACGCGGCUGCCGCAGCUCCGGCUGUUGGGUCUGAGGCUCCGGCGGCAGCGGCAGAAGAAGAACUAUCCCCCCCGACAGAGGACAAAGUGGAAGGAGAAGUGGCAUUUUCGAUUAUUGAGGAGGGUUUUGCAGUCGCAGGAGCAUUCAAUAUCGCGGAUUACGUCCCUUUGCUGAGCUACUUGGACCCACAGCGCAUGUACGCGCGCGCGAAGCGCCUCGCGCCGCAGCUGCACGGCUUCAUGCGCGCGUGCAUUGAGGAGCGACGGCGGAUCGUGCUGCAGAAGGAAUGUUCCUCAAACGAAGGGAACGAGACUGCACUCGUUGACGUGUUGUUCGAAGGGGAGGGAGAGGAUGAGAUGGAUAAAGACGAGAUUCUGAUGCUCGCAGUUGACAUGAUGAUGGCCGGGACCGAUACCACUUCUAAGACCGUGGAAUGGGCGCUUGCUGAGCUGGCACAGCACCCGGACAUGCUGGAAAGGCUCCGCGCUGAGGUGGAUGAGGCUUAUGCCAUGUCAGCAAGUGCAGCGGCAGAAACUGGGGUGGCUCCAGCAGGAGGAUCUGAUCUCAUGGUCUCUCUUCCGGUAACGGAAAUGCCGUACCUGCAGGCUGUUUUAAAAGAAACACUUAGGCAUCACCCUGUCGCUCCAUUCCUCAUUCCUCACCUGACAACUGACAGUGUAACUUUAGGGGGUUACCAGAUCCCUCCCAACACCAUGAUCCAGAUCAAUGCUUGGGCUCUUGCACACGAUCCAACGGUCUGGAUCAACCCACAUGAAUUUGACCCCUCUAGGUUCCUUGACCCUGCUGCCCCUGACGUGACCGGGCAGAACUUCAGCCUGCUGCCCUUUGGCUCGGGCAGGCGUGGGUGCCUUGGCACGAACCUGGGGUUGGAUCUGUCUGCCCGCCUUCUGGCAAAUUUCGUUUUGCGGUUUGAUUUCAAGCUGCCCGAAGAUGCUAGGGCAGCUGGAGGAGUGGACAUGACAGAAACUUUUGGGCUGACCAUGGCUCUGGCAAAGCCACUUCGGAUUGUGGUGAGGGAGAGAAAGGCAGUGGCAGGGGCGGUGGUUGCUGCUUCAGGAGCGGGUGCUGCAUGGGGUGCUGCAUGGGGUGCUGCAUGGGGUGCUCCAUGGGGUGCUGCAUGGGGUGGUGCAUGGGGUGCUGUAUGGGGUGCUGCAAGGGGUGCUGUAUGGCCCAUGGGGUGCUGCAUGGGGUGCUGCAUGGGGUGCUGCAUGGGGUUUAUCUGGGUUGAGCUAGUUGCACUGCACAGUUACAGGGUUACCAUGGCUCUGGCUAAGCCACUCAGGAUUGUGGUGAGGGAGAGAAAGCCAGGGGUGGCGGAGGUGGUGGCUGCAGCAGGGGCUUGA